AUGUCGCAUCUUGUGUGGAGAUUUGAAACCGGCACCACUAACGAAGACUUUCAGCAACUCAAGCAGAAAAUGUAUAAGGUAGUACUAGAGGCAGACUGGUCAACAGUAAUUGGAAGUGGAUUUUUAGUGUGCUUCCUGCCAAAGACAGGUCUUGAGCAAGCGAACUUGUGGUUCAUUAUGCUGGUGCAAUAUUUUGAAAUGGAAUUUGUCGAGGAAGAUCUAGCUGAAGAAUCGUUGCAAGUAGCGAACUACGUUUCAAACUUGUGCACGUUUCUGAACGUGUGUUAUUUAAAACAGUACGAUACACCGGCGUUCGUGAUGAAAUAUGUACUAGAGGGGAUAGCGCGUUUCCAAAACCACCCCCUCAUCAGGACCAACCAAAUUAUCCAAAAUAAACAAUUACGUCAACUGCUCCCGACAAACAAUAUGGAAACCGUUUACGGUUUGCUUCCCGCUUGUAUUCCACGUUUAAAGUGGUUCCAACAAAGCUGUCUACCAUGGAAGGCUGAAUUCAUAUACCGUCAACGCUUGGAUGCCCUACAGGAGCGAUUACUUCCAAUGCAUACAAUAACCGGAGAUUUGUUGGCACUGUUUCCGAUGCAGCUGCUGUUCACCGUCCUCAACAGUAAUAACUCUAACCAGAUGUCACAAACAAACGCUUCCAUGAUAUUGUCACGUGUAUCCCUGCCGGAGCCGCUACUCUGCAAACUCAUCGACGAUCGGCUUACCAAGAAAGGUUGCAAAAAAUGGCCUCAAUAUCUGCGAGCCAUCUACGGCUCUCUGCACGAACUGAGCGAUGAGUCUCGUUUCAAACUGUUUGCAUUCAUUUCAGGCAUUUUCAAGUCUAAUCAAUUGGAUGCUGCUCAUUGUGUUCUGCCGAUCGAUAUCCUGACACGACUUUUCAUUAUAGAACAGCGAGCUGACGGAGACAUAGAAGAUAAAUAGAAUAAUCAGA